AUGUCUGCAAUGAAAGGAGAACUUUCAGUUAAACUCGAUAAUAAACGUUUUGACAAUGGUACACUAAGAAGUGGAGAAUCCACUAAAACAUUUUUUUUAUUUUUCGUUGCUUUGUAUAAUCAUAAGUCAAUUCAAAAAAAAAUUGGACAAGACCAAAGAAAAGAAACAGGUCAAUAUUUAAUAGUCGGCACGAAUAAUCCACCAAUUAAUCUUGAUAAUAUUCUUGCAAACCCAGGAC